AUGCUGCUGAAGCUCGUGGACGAGUGCAAACAGAACAUUUGGGAGUUCCUGGACGCGCAGGAGCUCUGCCGAGUGGCCUGUGUGGCUCGCAAUGCCGAGCAGGGAGUUUGUGUGGGCCCGAUGUGGCAGCGGCAUUCCCGAGUGCUACUGAUGAGGGGGCUGGACUCACUGAAGACCGAGACGGGAGUGCCCGGCUGUGGACUGGCGAGAAGUUUUGGUAGCAGGCAUCCAUUGCUGAGAGAAAGCCAGGACCGAGCAUUGCUCGAUGGUGGGGGUUACGACGUGAUCGACUGGAGACUCUGGUACCGAGAUACUCAUGUGGUUUUACGGACGAGUUCCCGCAAUAAUACGGAAUUCGUUCGGAGGAUGAGCUCCUUGCAAGACCUGAAGACGAAGCGAUCGCAUCUGAAGGAGGCGAUUCAGAAUGUGAAGGCUUCUGCUCAUGCUGACAAGCAGUCUCGUCGAGGUCAGAUGAAUUGUGUCCGCUGGAUGAACCGGACUCACCGACGACUUGCUACGAAUGUAAACUCGAUCCACGCCCAGCAUGCAGCGUCGUCUAAAGCCGAGUUGGUCGAGAAGCUGCAACGUGUGGAGAACGCGAUUCAAGGUAUGACGAAAGAACAGUUUUGGCUGCGCAAAGAAGCAAUGAGAAGUAUGCACAAAGUGAAAACGCAGCUUGCGAGCGGAAUCAAAUUGCUGCGAGAUGUCGGAGCUCAUGCCGAUCCGCGCAGCUCUGUAUGCAGAACGUCGCAUAAUAAAUAA